CUGAGACAAACAUCGUGGGGAUGGGAUGGGAAGCUGCGCUGCUUUCCUCCGCUUUCAGGGUCGUCGUCGUGUCGAAUUGGGCGUCAGAAGCUCUCUCCAUUUGGGGGCGAGGGAGGUAUGGAGGCGACGGUGGACCACCUGAGCGCGGCGUACGACGACUUCAUGGCGGCGGCGGCGGCAGUGGUGGAGGCCCGCGCGCAGUCGGGCGGCGAGAAGAAGACGGCGGCCACGGACGCCGCGCUCGAGGCCUUCAAGCAGCGCUGGGAACUCUUCCGCGUCGCCUGCGACCACGCCGAGGAGCUCGUCGAGUCCAUCCGCCAGCGCAUCGGCUCCGAGUGCCUCGUCGACGAGGCCACGGGGUCCGCCUCCGCCGGAUCCGCGGCCGCCCCCGGCAUCAAGCCCAUCAGCGCCGUCCGCCUCGAGCAGAUGAGCAAGGCCGUCCGGUGGCUCGUCAUCGAGCUCCAGCACGGCACCUCCGCCCAAGGGGCCGGCGGCAGCGGCGGUGCCGCUACCCCAAAUGCCGGCGCCGGGGGGCAACACCCCGAGGAGGGUGGCCAGUAGGUAUGGAUGGAGUUACUGAAGUAACUAGUAGCGUCGUCCUUCACAUAUAGAAUCGUAGCAUUUCUCCUUCAAGAGAAAACAAAGAAAUUGUCUUUGCUGUGUUUCUAAUUUCUAUGAGUGACAGAAUUAACCUUGCGGUGUUGAUAUUUGCAAGAACAUGAACCAAGUCAAUUGUGCUUUGCUGGCCGUUUUUACACUAGUGCUCAACA